AUGUCGUUAUUACUUGAAUAUUAUGAAACAAACUACACGGAAUGCUCAAAAUGUGAUAGUUUUAUGUGCUCCUGGCAGGGAAUCGCCCAUUCUUCGCAUGUUAGUGGAGUUGUUGCUAUACCAAUUUAUAUACUUGGGGGAUAUUGUAUUUUCUACAAGACCCCAAAAAAUAUGUUAUACUAUAAAUGGCCAUUAAUUAAUCUACACUUUUGGUCCUGUUCGUUGGACAUCUUACUAAGUUUACUUGUAACUCCCUACAUUUUUGUACCAACUCUCUCCGGAUUCGCAGUUGGUUUAUUGCAAUAUUUUGGUGUUUCUUUAUUUGUACAACUUUGGUUAGGAAUUGCAAAUGCUUGUGUGAUGGUUCUCUCAAUGACCGUGUUAUUAGAAAACCGGCAUAAUUCCAUCCCUGCAAACCGAUUUCGAGUACAUGGAAAAGUCAAAGUGACCAAGAAGCCGCAAGAUUUGAACUUUUGAAAACGAUUCCCUGCCCAACUGAGGAGUUUUUCAAAGACAGCUCCCACGUAUUGGUAUUUAUGAAUGAAGAAGCGCAUAUAAAGCGCGCAGGACUAUUGAUUAUAUUUUGUAUUUCAUCUGAAAUCACUCAGAUUGCAUUUUUCAUCUCAUGCUGCUCUUAUUAUCUAUACUUCGCUUCCGCUGGAUUCGCGUCAAAAAAAACGCGACAGAUUGUUCUCGCGGGUUUUUAAUUAUUAUAAUCAAGCAAUAACAAAUAUCCUCUUCCUAUUCACAUCAAUGCACGGAUUUUUCUCGGCUCUUGUAGUGAUAUUCGUUCAUAAAUCAUAUCGCAGUUUUGUUUUUUCAUGGUUCAAUGGUCCUACAGAAUUAUUAAUUGAGAGAAAAACUACUUCUUUUGUGCCGAAAACGCAUUUAACGGUUGUUAUAUAA